AAACCCAUUUGCGACCUAAUCGAAUGCUUCUUCUGCUGGGAAAACGUCUUCAAUCUCCACUGUUGGACCACAACCGAAAUCGUCAUCACAGCAACAGUCUCAUUCCUGUCCCUAAUCGCCUGCCGCCUCAUUUCUCCUGCACUAAAAUGCUUCUGGUGGUUGUUGAAGAAACUCUUCCGGCUGCUACAAAGGCUCACCGGGGAAAUCAAUCCAUGUCGAACACGGCAUGACAAAUACGUCAUUCCGCACUUCCCGUCAUACAAGCGGACAGUAUCUCAACGGCUGAUCAGGAAAACUCCCAUCAUGACACUUGUACUCCACCUCGUCUGCCCUAGCAACGCCUGCUCGGAUGUCGUCAGCAUCAGCGGCACAGUCCAACAUUGCAAAGUCAACUCGACAAACGAACAAUGUGAAUUUGAUGAAGCAGUAACUCUACAAAUGCAGCACGUCGGACAAGAUGUAUGUUUGCUACUGCGCAACUACAAAAACGAACCCGCAGGAGUCAUCUCAUUACGAAUCCACGACAUCGCCUACUCUUGUCAAGAACGGACGGAAUAUUACACCAGAGAUCACAAAUUUUACACCGAAUCCCACCAUCAAUGCUGGAACACUCAAAGCUGCACCGGAGAGACCUGCAGAGGCAUCACUACCUCGACCAACAUAUACGAGUUUAGCCACUACGCGAAGAACAAUCCUGGCUACACCUACUGCUCACCCUCUUGCAAAAUGCUUAUGGAGACAUGCCUCUUUUACAAGGUAUACGCAUGGCCAAAAUCCAAAACAAUCUAUCGCAUCUUCACGUGCCCCGUUUGGUCAAUCACAAUCACAGGAACGAUCACUUUGAGAACCUCAACGAAAGACGAAGAACACAACUUUAUCUUGAAUCCAGCUCGACCACACGUCUGGAACUCUAUCGAGCUUACCCUAACGGCAACAACAGUACCUAACCUUCCUAUAUGUGUCAAAGCAUACUUCCUCACUGAUGGCUCACCUCGGACAACUCCAAUGCAAUCGGAGAGAGGGCAUCUGGUGGAAAAAUUUUCAUCAUGUCAGUUCUCUCCCGCUACGUGUCAGUGCAAUCCACUUGUCUAUGAAGCGACAUGCAAUUGCCCCGCAGGAAACAUAAGCAAGCACUUGAACAACGCUCACCAACAACUACCACUCAGCGGAAAAGACGUAGUCAUCCUUCAACGCGGAAACAGCAUCCAAGCCAAAACCACAAGCGGAUCCAGUACAUCCAUCCAAAUCUCCAUACAUGGUCUAUCCAUCUUCACGAAACGCGUCAAAAACGAAUGCCGCGUCGACAUGGGAUCUUUAACUGGAUGCUACUCCUGCUUCCAAGGAGCACACGUUCAAGUAUCUUGCACAUCAACGCUAUCCGAGGAAACGGCUGAGAUACACUGCAAGAAUCAAACCCAAAUAGUCAAAUGUUCACCUCACGGAAUCAUCUCCGACACAGUAUUCCACUUCGCGACUUCGUCACUAGACAUCAAUUGUUCAGUACUGUUGCGGCCGGCAAUCGACAAUUCAUCUCCAAGGAACGCU